AAUACUAAACUAACUCUCACCGAACUCCAUUGAAGUUUUUGGUCUUGCAAUCUGCUUUUGUUCUCAUCACUUUCCUCUUCCCCUCAAAAUGGAUCCUCCAACUUUCUUCUUCUUCCUAUUCACAUACAAACGAUGCCUUCACGAACGCUUCAUCGUUUCCAUCUUCUACUUCACGCUGCUCUCGACCCGAACCCUCUCUCUCGAUCCAAAGUUUGAGGCUUGUGAACCGAAGUCAUGCGGCAACGGCCCCAUCAUAACCUAUCCUUUCUACCUAUACGACAAACAAGAACCUUUCUGCGGAUACCCGAAUUUCGAAAUCGCUUGCAACGAUUCCGAAUUCCCCGUGCUUUCGAUCUCGGGUGAAGAAUAUAUCAUUAGAACCAUAUCUUACACAAGCCAGUCUUUUCUUGCCGUAAACUCUUUGGCAUAUCAAGAUCCAUGUCCUCGUCCUCUUCAUAACCUCACCCUCCACCGAACUCCAUUUUCAGUUAGCCCUUCUCAUGUAAACUUCACAUUGGCUUAUGAUUGCGUCGAAAAACCCGAAAAGGUUGCAACUUUUCCUGUGGAUUGCGCGAGCAACAACACCCAUCGAUCUUUUGGAAUCUUCCGUAGAGAAUAUGUAGCUCAGGAGGGGUUUUCAUUCGGGUCGUGUCAGAAAUUUGUCGAUAUUCCAGUUGCUGCGGAUAGCGAAUCGGAUGCGAAUCGGCUUAUGAAAAUGAGUUACGUCGAGAUUUUGAAGACGGGUUUUGUCCUGAACUGGACCGCACAUAGUUGCUUGAGGUGCAAGAAUAGUGGCGGACGCUGUGGAUCCGACAAGCAAGAAUUCAUCUGUUUGUGUCCUAAUGGACAAAAGGCUCAUAGUUCUUGCAAGAACGGCGGUAUCAACUGGAAAGUGAAGAUCUGCAUAGGUGUUGUCGCGGGCUUCGCGGGAAUAUCGGCGACGAGUGCAGCAUGUUAUUUUUAUUACCGAAGAAAGAUUAGACGUUACAGGACUUCUUCGGUAUUGCUCCCAAAGAACAUAACCUCGGAACCAUCUUCCAAGAAUUCAGACAUGGAGAAAGCAGAAGAGUUGUUGGCCGGAGUUCGUGUCUUCACCUACGAGGAGCUCGAAGAAGCUACUAAUAACUUCGACCCUUCUAAAGAACUCGGUGAUGGAGGCUUUGGAACCGUUUACUACGGUCAGCUUAAAGACGGUAGAUCUGUGGCGGUUAAGCGCUUAUACGAGAACAACUACAAAAGAGUUGAGCAAUUCAGGAACGAAGUCGAGAUUUUAGCGAGAUUACGCCAUCCAAACCUCGUUACGCUCUUCGGAUGCUCGUCAAAACAUAGUCGUGAUCUUCUGUUAGUGUACGAGUUCAUCCCAAAUGGUACAUUAGCCGAUCAUUUGCACGGUCCGCGAGCUAACCCGAGCGCACUUCCUUGGUCUACGCGGCUCAAAAUCGCUGCUGAAACGGCUAACGCCCUGAAAUAUCUCCACGCUUCCGAGAUUAUCCACCGUGAUGUCAAGUCCAACAACAUCCUUCUCGACCGAAAUUUCAACGUCAAGGUCGCGGAUUUUGGCCUGUCUCGGCUAUUUCCAAUGGAUAGAACGCACGUAUCGACGUCUCCACAAGGAACUCCGGGAUAUCUAGACCCUGAUUACCAUCAAUGUUACCAAUUAACGAGCAAAAGCGACGUUUUCAGCUUCGGGGUCGUGUUAAUGGAGCUAAUAUCGUCAAUGCCUGCGGUUGACAUAACCAGACACCGCCACGAGAUCAACCUUUCGAAGAUGGCGAUCGUCAAGAUUCAGAGCCACUCGCUUCACGAGAUGGUGGACUCGACACUCGGGUUCGAGACCGAUGCCAAAGUGAGAGACUCGGUGAGUUCGGUGGCCGAGUUGGCGUUUCAGUGUUUGCAGAGUGACAAGGAUCUGAGACCGGACAUAUCGCAGGUUCUCGAGACAUUAACGAGGAUAAGGAACGACGGGUUUGAUCUAGAAAGAGCAGAUGAGAUCAUUGAUGUUGGUGUUGCUAACGAUGAUGAUGAUGAUGAUGGCGCUGUCAUGAUGAAGAGUGGUCAGUUGGUUACGUCUUCUCCUAAUACUGUAAUGGUGAAAUGGGAUAGUAGUAAAGAGUAAAAACAAUUUUUUUACUGUAUAUGUUAAAUUCUUUUUUUGGUUUUGUUUAUUUGGUUUAUGAUGGGAGAGAUAUUGUGUUAUGUAACCUAUGCAUGAUACAUGUUGUUAGGGGAUGUACAUAUGAUCAUAAUUCAUGAGGGCUCUUGUUUAUUUCA